GUCUUCCUCUUGGCUUAGUUCGCUUCGUCAAUGGCGGAAGCGCAGCGUCGACAACAGCUCCCUUGCGACGCAGGUGGCAUUUGCAUGUUGUGCGAAAAAAAGCCCGCAGAUGACGAUAAGCUCAUCUGCAUCACUUGCGCUACUCCUUGGCAUCUCAGUUGUCUAUCCGUUCGUCCUGAAACCCUAGCCUCUGCUGUUCAAUGGGAAUGUCCAGACUGUGUUCCGACCGCCGGCGAUUUUCCGGCACCGAUCGUUGGAGUUUCUUUAGUAUCCGGCGAUUCUGCAACUUCCGGUGAACUGAUCGCUGCGAUUCGAGCUAUCGAAGCCGAUGAAUCUCUGACGGAGCAGGAGAAGGCCAAGAAACGGCAGGAGCUUAUGUCUAAAAGCUCGCCGCAUAUCGAUGAGUCCAAGUCCAAGAAGAGUAAAAGUAGCGGAGAGAAUGAUGUCCUCGGCCUCCUUGAUGAAAGCUUGAACUGCUCCUUUUGUAUGCAGUUGCUGGAAAGACCUGUUACGACACCUUGUGGCCACAAUUUCUGCUUGAAGUGCUUUCAAAAAUGGGUGGGGCAGGGGAAGCGUACCUGUGCAAAGUGCCGGCACACCAUUCCCAACAAGAUUGCGAGUCAGCCUCGUAUCAACUCGGUACUUGUUGUUGCUAUCCGUAUGGCCAAGUUGUCAAAUUUGACCGAUCAGCGAGGACCAUUGAAAUCCUACCAUUUUAUACACAACCAAAACAGACCUGACAAAGCAUUUACAACAGAGCGGGCAAAGAAGUCGGGAAAAGCUAAUGCUUGUAGUGGGAAGAUCUUUGUUACGGUCCCGCCGGAUCAUUUCGGACCAAUCCUUGCGGAGAAUGACCCAGUGAGAAAGCAGGGUGUGUUGGUUGGGGAGUCUUGGGAGGACCGCAUGGAAUGCAGGCAAUGGGGGACCCAUCUUCCACAUGUUGCGGGGAUUGCUGGGCAAAAGGAAUAUGGUGCCCAGUCAGUGGCACUGUCUGGAGGCUAUGAGGAUGAUGAGGACAAUGGCGAGUGGUUUCUUUACACAGGGAGUGGUGGAAGAGACCUGAGUGGGAAUAAGCGCACAAAUAAGGAGCAAUCCUUUGAUCAGGAGUUCUCAUCUAUGAAUGAGGCUCUUCGAGUAAGCUGCAACAAAGGUUAUCCUGUAAGAGUUGUAAGGUCUCACAAGGAGACACGUUCUUCUUAUGCUCCAGAAACUGGGGUGCGGUAUGAUGGUAUUUAUAGGAUUGAGAAAUGUUGGCGUAAAGUUGGAAUUCAGGGUAAGAAGGUCUGCCGAUAUCUGUUUGUUAGAUGUGACAAUGAACCUGCACCGUGGACAAGUGAUGAGCAUGGAGACCGACCAAGAUCACUUCCUGCUGUUCCAGAGCUUAUGAAUGCAACAGACAUCACAGAAAGGAAAGAAAUCCCGCAUUGGGAUUAUGAUGAGGAGGAUGGUAGUUGGAAAUGGAAGAAACCACCACCACCCAGCAGAAAAGAACGAGUGGCAACGGGAAGUCAGGGUGAGCGAAAGAGGAUUGGAGCAAAGAGAAUGACUGAACAGGAGAGGCUCCUGAAAGAAUUUAGCUGCCUGAUAUGUCGGAAUGUGAUGACUCUUCCUCUUACAACUCCUUGUGGUCAUAAUUUUUGCAAGCCUUGUUUGGAAAAUGCCUUUGCUGGUCAGACUUUUGUGAGGGAGAGGACAUGUCAGGGUAGGCGGUCACUUAGGGCACAGAAGAACGUCAUGAAAUGCCCAUCUUGCUCUAAUGACAUUUCUGACUUUCUUCAAAACCCACAGGUCAAUAGAGAUGUGAUGGAUGUAAUAGAAAAGCUCAAGACCAAGAGCGAGGGGGAGGUCUCUAAAAGUGAUGGGGAAUUGGGUGAUAACACUGAAGAACCUAUUGUUGCUGAGAAGUCUAAUGCUGAGUUCAUAGAUAAAGAAACUAAUGUGAUUGACAAGCUUCUUGCUGAGGGCUUGUGUGAUGACAAAUCUAAUGGUGUUGAGGAGUCACCUGAUGCUGGAGAAGAUACACAGCAAAAACUGAUGCGCACUUGCAAGCGAAAGACAUCUGAUGGUGGGGAUUGCUCAAAGGUUCUUGGCAAGAUGGAGAAGGACAAAAUAUGUGCAGAGUUCUCUGAUGCUGUGGCUGUAGAUGCUAAAAUUUACCCUGACCAGCUUGGAACAUCAGCAGAUGCCACAGAACAUUUGCAGACUCCAGGGGAUGGGAGAAAUCCUAAGAGGAGUUAUAAGCGAAGGAAGGCUGAUAAUGCUGGGGAUAGCAUCAUGAAGCAGAAUGUUGGGUUGAGGACCAGAGGAAGAAAAGCUAGAGAGGUGACAGAUGAAGGAAAUGACUCACCAUCAAGUCCUCUUCAUGUUCGAUCUGAUGAUGAUGAUUUUCAAUAACUUCCAUCUUUGUGGUUGGAAAUUUAAGAACUCAAGGGUAUGCUAAGAACUGUUCUCAUCUGCAAAUGAAGUUCUUACAUGAGAAGGUUGAAGAACUUUUGAUAUUACUGGAAUUUGUACAAAGUAGGUACUUUUUUUUUUGUUAAUAUUUUU